CCGAGCACCAUGCCUCUGACUUGCAGCUGGAGGAGAUUCUGCUCCAUAGGACCAGUUUGUCCUUCUUCAGGCUAUAAGAAGGCAGAUGAUGAGAUGUCCCGGGCCACGUCUGUUGACCAACUGGAGGCACCGGCCCGCACCAUUUACCUCAACCAACCGCAUCUCAACAAAUUCCGUGACAACCAGAUCAGUACGGCCAAGUACAGCGUGUUGACAUUUCUACCUCGAUUCUUAUAUGAGCAGAUUAGAAGAGCUGCUAAUGCCUUCUUCCUCUUCAUUGCCUUAUUACAGCAAAUCCCAGAUGUAUCUCCAACAGGAAGAUACACCACCCUGGUGCCAUUGAUCAUUAUUUUAACCAUUGCAGGCAUCAAAGAAAUUGUGGAAGAUUUCAAGCGACAUAAGGCAGACAAUGCAGUUAACAAAAAGAAAACCAUAGUGUUAAGAAAUGGUAUGUGGCAUACCAUUAUGUGGAAAGAGGUGACCGUGGGAGACAUCGUGAAGGUCGUCAAUGGGCAGUAUCUUCCGGCGGACAUGGUCCUGCUCUCCUCCAGUGAACCUCAGGCAAUGUGUUAUGUCGAAACAGCUAACCUAGAUGGGGAGACGAACCUUAAAAUACGCCAGAGUUUGAAUCACACCGCCGAUAUGCAGACAAGGGAAGUAUUGAUGAAGUUGUCUGGAACUGUGGAAUGUGAAGGGCCCAACCGCCACCUCUAUGACUUCACUGGGAACUUGAACUUAGAUGGGAAAAGCCCUGUUUCCCUUGGGCCCGACCAGAUCUUGUUAAGAGGUACACAGCUUAGAAACACUCAGUGGGUCUUUGGCAUAGUUGUUUACACUGGACACGACACCAAACUCAUGCAGAAUUCCACCAAAGCUCCUCUCAAGAGAUCAAAUGUUGAGAAAGUGACCAAUGUGCAGAUCCUGGUAUUGUUUGGCAUCCUCUUGGUCAUGGCCUUGGUGAGCUCGGCGGGGGCUCUGUACUGGAAUGGCUCUCAAGGUGGAAAGAACUGGUACAUCAAGAAGCUGGAGACAAGCUCGGAUAAUUUUGGAUAUAACCUGUUGACGUUCAUCAUCUUAUACAACAACCUCAUUCCCAUCAGUCUGCUGGUGACGCUGGAGGUUGUGAAAUACACUCAAGCCCUUUUUAUAAACUGGGACACAGAUAUGUAUUAUAUUGGAAAUGACACUCCUGCCAUGGCCCGGACAUCAAACCUUAAUGAAGAGCUCGGUCAGGUUAAAUACCUGUUUUCUGACAAAACUGGAACUCUUACAUGCAAUAUUAUGAACUUCAAGAAGUGCAGUAUUGCUGGAGUAACCUACGGUCAUUUUCCAGAACUGAUAAGAGAGCCAUCCUCAGAUGAUUUCUGCCGGAUGCCUUGUCACCCCAGUGAGUCGUGUGACUUUGAUGACCCCAGGCUCUUGAAGAACAUGGAAGACCACCAUCCCACAGCUCCUUGCAUUCAGGAGUUCCUCACCCUUCUGGCCGUGUGCCAUACCGUUGUUCCUGAGAAGGACGGAGAUGACAUCAUCUACCAGGCGUCUUCCCCAGAUGAAGCCGCUUUGGUGAAAGGAGCUAAAAAGCUGGGCUUCGUGUUCACAGGCAGGACGCCGUACUCCGUCAUCAUAGAAGCGAUGGGCCAGGAACAGACAUUCGGAAUCCUUAAUGUCCUGGAAUUUUCUAGCGACAGAAAAAGAAUGUCUGUGAUUGUUCGAACCCCUUCAGGACAACUCCGACUCUACUGCAAAGGGGCCGACAAUGUAAUUUUUAAGAGACUUUCAAAAGAUUCAAAAUACAUGGAGGAAACAUUGUGCCACCUGGAAUAUUUUGCCACGGAAGGCCUGCGGACUCUCUGCGUGGCUUACGCUGACCUCUCCGAGCGCGAUUAUGAGGAGUGGCUGAAAGUCUACCAAGAGGCCAGCACCAUCCUGAAAGGCAGAGCGCAGCGGCUGGAGGAGUGCUAUGAGAUCAUCGAGAAGAAUUUACUGUUACUGGGAGCCACAGCCAUAGAGGAUCGCCUUCAAGCAGGUGUUCCAGAAACCAUAGCGAAUCUGCUGAAGGCAGAGAUUAAAAUAUGGGUGUUGACAGGAGACAAACAAGAAACGGCCAUAAAUAUAGGAUAUUCCUGCCGGUUGGUGUCACAGAAUAUGGCCCUUAUUCUACUGAAGGAGGAUUCUUUGGAUGCCACAAGGGCAGCCAUUACUCAGCACUGCACGGAGCUGGGGAACUCGCUGGGCAAGGAGAACGACAUCGCCCUCAUCAUCGACGGCCACACCCUCAAGUACGCGCUGUCCUUCGAAGUCAGGAGGAGCUUCCUGGACCUGGCGCUGUCCUGCAAAACUGUCAUAUGCUGCAGGAGCAUUGGUGGGGGCCCCGCUGUGCCGAUUUGUGAGUUCGGGUCCGACCAGAAGGCUUUGUUGGCUUCUCGUGAAGUCUGGGAAGGUUUUUAG